AUGGAUCCGGAGAAAGUCAGACAGCAAAGAAAAAGGAGAAAGGAGCUUGGAAGCCCAGAGGGAGUCCGCAGAGCCCGGAGGCUGGCCCUGCGGGGGCCACAGAGAGUCUCCGAGCAGGCGCUGCUGGGCGAGCUGGAGGCGCGGGUGCAGGACGUGGUGAGGGCCAGCUCGUGGUGGGAGCGCCAUGGCGUGGACUGCGCCAUCCUCGGGCUCAGCGUCCUCGCCUUGCCGGCCGGGUUUCUGUGCCUGCGCUCUGAGAAUGUCCUGGUCUUCGCCCUGGGCAUUGCCAUCCUGGGCGUGUGCCACUACACACUCACCGUGAAGGGCAGCCACCUGGCCACUCACGGUGCCCUCACCGAGUCCAAACGCUGGAGCAAGAUCUGGGAACUUUUCUUCGUGGAGGUCUGCACAGCCUUCACUGCAGAGUAUGCCAAGUACGGACACGUGAAGAUGCACCACGGCUACACCAACGUGCUGGGCCUGGGGGACUCGAGCACCUGGCGGCUGCCCUACCUCAACCGCUACGUCUACAUGCUCCUGGCGCCUCUCUUGAUCCCGGUCAUCACCCCGCUGGUGGCUGUCGAGCGGCUGCGCAAGCUGGAGCCCGGGCUGGCUCUGCGCUCGCUGGUUCUCAUCUCGCUGGGCCUUUACUCCCACUACUGGCUGCUGCUGAACCUGUCUGGCUUCAAGAGCCCCGGCUCCGCCCUGGGCUGCAUGCUCGCCACCAGGUCCCUGCUGGCCCACCCCUACCUCCACGUCAACAUCUUCCAGCACAUCGGGCUGCCCAUGUUCUCGCUGGACACGAAGCCACGGCGGAUCCACAUGAUGAGCCUGGGCGUGCUCAACCUGCCGCGGCUGCCCGUGCUGGACUGGGCGUUCGGCCACUCCAUCGUCAGCUGCCACGUGGAGCACCACCUGUUCCCCAGGCUCUCGGACAACAUGUGCCUGAAGGUGAAGCCCGUCGUGUCCCGGUUCCUCCGGGAGAAGCAGCUGCCCUACAACGAGGACUCCUACCUGGCCCGCUUCCGGCUGUUUCUCAGUCGCUAUGAGGAGUUCAUGGUGCACACCCCCCCCAUCACUGAGCUGGUGGGGCUGCAGUGAGGUCAGAACCGCCCGGUCAGUCAGUUCUUGGAGCCCAACCGUACCAGGUGCCUUCCAGAUCCAGCAAGAGCAGAAGGCCUGAAGGGUGCGCCUGGCGAGGCGUGACCGGGAACGCAGGGGCUGUUGACGCCUUGUUGACAAGAUGGGGCCGUGGCCGGGGACUGGGUCUGGCCUCAACGACAGCUCUUGGUCAUCAAGCAGAUAAGCACUGUCUGGCCAGCAGACUCCUGCUCCCCAGAGGACGUAAGCUCAUUCCCAGGUGCACCCCUUCUCUCCUACCCCACGCUGAUGCUGUGUGGUUAUUCUGACAAUAAACAGCCAGGAGCUGGCUCGUUCAGCAGCAGCCUGCUCGCGAGUCCCGUUUGUCGGUUGGGGGUUGCCAUUGCGACAGGGCCAGGCAGCUUUAGAGAUGGGAGAAAGGAGGGAAAGGGGGUGCAGACACAGGAACUGGGCUGGCCUCGGGAAAAGC